GUGUAGGGAAGGCUUCGUUGGCGCGCGCACAUUACGUCGCGAGCCAUUUUCAAUGUUAAAUUUCAAUGAAAAUUGUGUAAAAAACACGCUAAUUGUGUACUUAAAAAUACAGUGAUUAUAUUUUCUGUCUUUUUCCAAGAUAUAUUUAAGUGGUUUUGUGUUCUACCAUGUUUUUUAUGGGACUUUAGUUUAUGGCCAAAAUGGCAGUCUGAAUUACUGAAAGUAUGUUGAAUAAACGAUUUUAAUCACAUAUAAGUGUUGUGUUCAACCAUUUGGAUUAAAUAACAGGUAGCCUAAGGAUAUUAAUGUUCCAGUUAAUAUAAGCGCUGCCGGCCAGAUCACCAAUAUAAACCUGGUUUAACUGAAGAGAUGUGUGUUGAGCGAUACCCUGGCGGCUGAAUAGCAUGGAGACAGCCUGGCUGGUACUAGCCGCCGUGGCCCUCACGGCGCACGCGCAGAAUAACAGAAACGAUGGCCCUCGGUUUCUGUCACGUGGACACUCCUUCAGGACGGUCGUGGGUGACACACUUCUGCUGCCGUGCCAGGUGCAGAACCUGGGAUCCUUAGUGUUACUAUGGCGACGAGGCCCGGCUGUGCUGACCGCUGCCAGUUUGAUGGUAACCAGAGACGAGAGGUUCCGGCUGGUCGACGGUUACAAUCUGCAGAUUACCGACGUGGGACCCCAGGAUGCGGGCGACUAUGUCUGUCAGAUCUCUGAUCGCAUCGCACGGGACCAAGUCCACACUGUGGAGGUGCUCGUCCCGCCGAGCGUGAGAGCUUCACCGGAGUCGAAACACGCAGCGGCGCGGAGAGGCGGCGCUGCCGUCUUGGAGUGCCGAGCGUCAGGAAACCCUGUGCCUAGCGUUGUGUGGACUAAGCUUUCGACCUUGUUCCAGAAUGAGUCCACGGCACGACUGGGUGAGGGCGCCCAGCUACAGCUCCCUCGCCUGGAGCGGCGACACAGCGGCCGAUACGCGUGUACCGUUGACAAUGGUGUGGGCCCACCUAUCGUCACUGAGUUUCAGCUACAAGUGCUAUAUCCCCCAGAGAUCACGGUGGAGCGCUCGUGGGUGCACACGGGCGAGGGAUUCCGAGCUGAGUUGCUGUGCACUGUCCACGCAGAUCCACCAGCUGAGGUGUCGUGGUAUCAAAAUUCGUUUCCGCUGAGCGCGUCGGAGCGCAUCACCAUGUCUGCGAGAGGGAACAACCACACGCUUCUCAUCGCCAACGUGCAGCCCGAGGACUUUGGCAACUACAGCUGCGUGGCGGACAACAGCCUGGGCCGCGCGCGGCAGCACGUGGAGGUGUCGGGACGGCCGGGCCCCGCGCGCUUCACGUCGCCGCCGCUGGCGCGCCGCGCCGCCGUCUACGACCUCGCCUUCGCCGUCGACAGCUAUCCGCCGCUCGACGAGCUCCGUCUGCUUUACAGGCAGUUGGCGAUCAACGAGUCGUUCCAGCAACCAGGUCGCUGGCACGACGUGGUGCUGCCCGCGCCCGAGCCCGCCGGCUCCCUCACCCACCGCGUCAGCUACGAGCUGAGGGGGUUGCAGCCGGGGGCUGUGUAUGAGGCUAUUGUGCAGGCUAAGAACAGAUAUGGAUGGAAUGAGGUCAGCGAUAUCUUCCAAUUCCACACACUAGGGGGCCACACGGCGCACGCGGACGAACUUACACCAAUGUGGUCCUCGGCAGUCAGAGCCGCACUGGCUAAUUGCGUCAUGCUCCCCGCUUUAUAUACCCUGCGAGCGCUCGCCUGAUUGGCGGUUGGCGUUCCAUUUUCAGUUUUGUAACGGCUUUUUUAUCGUGAAACGAUCGGACUGUGACACCAAAUUUAGUUAUGGCGCGUUGGUAAAAAAAAUCAGCUUUGGUCGAAGCGUUUUCAUUAAAAUUUGAUUAGAAAAGGCCUUAUGACAUUAAAUACAUUGUAAUAUUUUUUUUAUUACUAUCUUGCUCACGUAAGCAAUAACAAAUAUAUUUGCGCGUAACUCCAUCUUCAUGUCGGAGCGAUUUCAUAAAAUGGGACGGAAAAGUGUAACAGGAAGGUGGGGAAACGCACAAUGUUCACGUACAGUCACGCACAUUUACUUUUAAUACCCAUAAAAAUCCACAUAAUAGAUUCAAGAAACAUCUUUUUUUUACCGGAUCAAGCUAAUUUUUAAUAGCCAAUGCAGCAAAAGUGUGUUUUAAGUGUUGUGACAAGAAUAGUGCCGCUUGUUCUCGAUAACUCAUAGAAGGACUCUUAAAAAAAGCAGUAAAUAAAGAACGCUGUAUCCCGUCUGCUGCAACACUGGCCCCCUUAUUAAUAAAAACGUUAUUCUCCGAUUAGCCUCGGAAUAAUUAUUCUUUGUAUUGUCUCCUUCUUUCAAUGUCAAAUGUUGAAAAGAGAGAGAGGGACGAAACAAAGAUAUAGGUGCUAUUCCAAGCCUAAUCAGAGAAUUAAUUUAUUUAUUAAUAAGGCGGUGGUGGUAAGUUUUGUAUGCUUUUGAUUUUAAAAAAAUUAAUUGAGAGUUAUAUGAAAAUUUCUAUCACAUUUGGCUAAAUUAGCUUGUUGUCAUUAAUUUGUCUUUGAUUGGAUUUACAAUAUCGGCGUCAGAUAUUUCGACACGACCUUAAGAUCAGCUGCAUAUAGGGGCAGCCGGACACAACAGAGCUAUCAUGAAACAUAAAACGGGUAGCACGUCCACACGUCUUCCCUUUUUUACACGACGCGUACACGAUGUGGUAAAAAGAGACAGCACGUGGUAAUAGUAGUGCUACGUUUUUGUAUGUUUCGUGGUAGAUUUCAUUACGAAAUGAAAAAUGAAGAUUUCUCCUAUCAGUUAUUGCAGUCUAGCACAAUAGAAUUAUAUGUACAUAGUUCGAAUACUGCAUUUUAUUCAUAUUUAAACAAUAAUCAAAUACUUGUAGAAAAUCUUCGCGCAAAUCUAUGGAAAAUUUGUACCUAAUUUAGUACUUUCAGAGAUUAUAUUUAUAUAACACAACAGACUGAGAGAUAUAGCGUGUGGUACCGCGCUAAAAUAAGACCGCCCUAUAUCCAUCCGUGGAUUUCGUGAAGCGGCAAAAGCCAGGCACCAUUGCUACGUUGCAUUGUUCCGCUUCGUUGUUUUCCAUAGGUUUUGACACUGAUACACGUUGACGUACUUCGAAUCUCCUUAAAAUUUUUGCGUUUUCCGUCGACGGAUGUCAAAACAACAGAACACGACUGAGCAAUGAGGCCGCGCUCUAAGGGAUACAGUAAUGGUAGAUAGGCAACAAUCGGCUGUGACGUCGCGAAGCCCAAGCGUAAAAAAAUAACCUAAAAAUUAUAAAGAAUCGGCUGCGAUUUUUCGACCAGCCGCAGCCACCCUUAGUCGCCUCUUACGACAUCCA